UACACGUGGUCUACAUAAACAUGUAUCGCGCAGUCGCGCUAUCAUAUUGAGCUACUAGCUUUGCAGGAUCCGCACGCUUCACUCCGCUUCUCUUUCCGCACGUCUCUAGCUACCACGCAAGACAGUCGUCACUAAAACUGGUCACUACAGUUUCCCUCUGCUCACUGUUUGGCUGCUGCACGUGGAUUCAGCUGCUCUCUCAAACAAUCGCAACUAAAUCAUUCCUAAUAGUUUUUUUGCAAUUGAUUAUGAAAUCUGUGUGCUGGCACUAUAAACACUUUGUCAAUUACUUGAACUUGAGAUUGCAUAGUUAAUGAUGAAGAGACUUCACAGAAAGAAACACAAAAAUAGGUUGACCUACAAUGUCAAUCCAGUCAAUGAUGCUCAACAAAUUGAGUUGGUCGAGCAACGAGUGAGAGUUUUACGCCAGCAGCCUUGCUCAGAUCAGUCUUGCUCAGAUCCUGCCAGAGAUUAUUUGGUCAAAUGUCUGUACGAAUUUUCCAAGAGUGGAUCUAUUGCAGUCUGUGAGUUUAUCUUGAAAUCCGGUGGUAUACAUCCUGAUUUGCCCAUGAAGGAACUUGCUUGGGAUCAGAGCUCUAUACACGGUGCUACAAGGCACGGUCAGAUUGGUAGCAUUGAUCUGCUUUUGAAGUUUGGUGCAAAUGUUGAUAUGCCCGAUGGACUUGGACAUACAUCGUUGUAUAUUGCUGUUCUGCAACAAGAUAGAAAGUGUGUUCGAUGUCUGCUUCAACAUGGGGCCAAUCCUAAUGCUGUGAGCAGCGAUGGCACGCCUCUGGAUCGGGCUCGUCAGUUAGCAAAUGGUCGUGAUCUGGUAGAGAUGAUGUUAGCACAUUGUAGAGGCAAAGCAGAUCUUAACAAAUCUGAAACUUGUGUCCAACAAACAAGGAGCAAAUUCACAGAUUGGUUCAGUUGGCUUUUGCCAAGGCACGGGAAUUCGGUGUCAGUAAACCAAAAUGAAGGUGAACCACUACAAUCUUCUGUUGAUGAAGAACUUGAUGAAGAAUUUGAUGAAGUUGAAACGGUGAAUAACACACAGCAGGCAUGCACUGAUGGUACAGAAAAUUUAACAAUGCAGGUUUCUAUGCUUCAGCAAGAGUAUAGCCAUCUGAAGAAUGAGUUGAAGAAGGUUGUAGAAGAGGUUGUUCAACUGAAAGAGCAAUGUGUUUGUGGGCAGAAGUUUGAAUACCUACCCAUACAAGAGAAGCAGCACGAAUCUCAGCAACAAUUUGAUGCCAUCAAUCAGGAACUGGACUACUUACGUCAGCAAAUUUCUGAAAGACCUGGCCAGUCACUAUUAAGAAAUGAUAAGGAGACAAGACAAUCAGAAGAAACUGCUCUUUGCGUGAGCGACCCACGGGAGAUGUUCUUGCAUUUGGCAAAUCAAGUAGGGAAAGAUUGGAGAAUGCUGGGUCGCUGGCUUGCUCUCGAUGAACAUUACCUAGACAAUAUUGAAAUACAAUACAAAAGUGAAGGCUUGCCAGAGUUCUCAUUCCGGGUGCUGCAGGCUUGGCACACUGGAAAGGGUUGUGAAAAUUCGUGGUGUAAGCUUAUCGACGUGAUGCAGAAGGCAAAUAUGAAGAAUUUAUCAUCAAUUGUUCAGAAAUUUGUGAGGAAACCACGUAGUUGAAUGUACUGAUUUGUGGAUUUGAUUAUUGCAAUGAAACGAUUGCCAUUUGUAGUUGUCUGUUUUUUUAUUUAUUAAUUAAUGCUUUGCUUGUCUUUGAGGUCACAUGAUUUGAACUGACUUUUCAUGUCGGUUUGCAAGUUUGUCUUUCUGAUUUUAUAGCUUACUUUAUUGUAGUUUUAUUUGUUGCUGAUUUGUUCCAUUUAUUUGAAUGAAC